GCAGUUGCCGUGUCGAGUCAUCGCUGUUGUGCAGCUCAGAACCCAACGAGACUCCAACCCGGAGCCUUAAAACCUAAAACUCAACAAGCCUCUCCGGGGAUUUUACUCACUUAACAUGGCACUCAAUGGACAAGUUGUGGAUACAUCCUUAAAAUAGUGUGAACAUUUUGACUGACACCAGACGGAGAGAAAGCACCAGACCCGCCGCGACAUUAGCGGGCGAACUUGGGUUCUCAGCCCGGUGGGAGGUGUCUGUCUGGGGGUUUGCUGCUGCCUGCGCGUCCCGCUAAUCGCGCCGCUUCUCGGAGCUCUUUUUUUUUCUCAUCUGUCGACAAGGACAUUCGAAGUGAUGGCGAAGCCGCGUUGUUGUCGGCUUUGUACCCGUCCGUCUCUCUGGGGUUUUCGUCAGGCGUCUAUGGGUUUAAUGUGACGCACCGUCGUGACACGCCGUGUGCGCGGUUUUUGCAGCGGACCCCCCAGCAGGAGAAGGGGAAGGGAGACUCUCCAUCAAGUUUGUGGCUCGCAAAUCUCCCGCAAGAACAAAUGUAACAGCCGAAGCAGCAUCCAUCUUCUCCCUCCGCUGUGUUUACUUACCGCUGUUGCAGCCACGGACAACUUGGUCGUCCGAUUGAUCAAUGACAAGGAACACGUCGCAGCAGACGGACAACAAAGAACCAGAAAGUCACGUGAUGUUUAUUGUGACAAAGACAGAAUCGGACAAACGCUUGGCCAGGUUAGACCAGGCUGGGCCUUUCUAAUCAGCAACCACAUCCAGAAGCCUACCAAGGUCAAGUCCCCUGGACCUCAAAGUGGAUCUUGGAUUCCCAACAUUUUUGUCUCUUAUCAGGCUUCAGGAGGCCAUGAGAACAUAAUUGGCUUGUCCAUGUCGUGGUGGAUCCUCCCUGGAUGUUGGCAGCAGGAUGGAUUUGGGUGUUGAUCUCACUAGCGUCACCUCCUUGCAGUGCUUGCACCCCCCUUCCUUUGACUGCCUCUUGACUCCCCCCUCCCUGAUCUUCCUAGGAAAGCCCCCCAUCAUCUCCCGGGGCUUCCCUGAGCCCUCAAGAGGGACUUAGCAGAAGUGUAGCCUGUCUUGUUGAACCAGUUCAGAACACAGAAUGUUAUUUGGAGGAUGCUUUAUUUCUGUUCCUGCUUAGGUUGACUUUUUGAUUGGAGGUUGAAGAGCUGAAAGCAGAACAGAGUUCCUCCUCAGUGGUGUCCAACCGAAGGGGAAGAAUGUCAGAAAGCAAACGCGACAGCAAAGCGGUGACGUUCAUUGCCCCGGCCCCACCAUCGCCGUCGCUUCAGAACCCCCGCAAGAAUGUGAACGGCUCCGCCAGUUCGGACACGCAUGUGGUCGAGAAACUGGAGGGGCACCUGGAGGGCCACCCGGAAGUCCAACGGCGGCGGCGGCGGCACACGAUGGACCGAGACUCCAAGACAGCCGAGCAUCGCUUCUUCCGCCGGAGUGUGAUAUGCGACUCCAACGCCACCGCCUUGGACCUGCCCAGCAAGGGGGCUGUGAUCCUCAUGUCGCCGCUGGACUGCGGGGGGCCGUCAAACGUUUCAGCUCCUCAGCCCUCGAGGUCUGGACCCGCAGAGAGAGAUGCCCGGGUGGUGCUCCAGGAGCUGUCUAUAGAAAGCGCCAUCCCUCAGCCUGCUUCGGGGCUUGGCGGAGGAUCUGGAGAGGGGCCAAUCCAAAAUGCGGGCCAGGGCAACGCGGCAGAUGUAAGUCAUAAUAGUAACGCUGUUGUACAUCGUGCAGAACGGGUAAAAGAGCCCGGCUCGACAGCGUUGGAUGGCAACAACAAAACGGGAGACAAACAUGACGAGGCGGCGCGGGAGGUUGCAAAAGACGGAAAAUCGCCAGAGGGCAGCGCCGGCAGUCCGUCCGAGGAGAAGGAACGGGAAACAGAGCUGGCCAAGGCGCGCGCCGAGCAGCGGGAGGCCGAGAAGCGAGUGCAGGAGGAUAUCGAGGAGGCGGAGACAAAAGCGGUCGGGACGUCGCCGGACGGACGCUUCCUGAAGUUCGACAUCGAGAUCGGGAGAGGCUCCUUCAAGACGGUGUACAAGGGGCUCGAUACGGAGACUACGGUGGAAGUGGCGUGGUGCGAGCUGCAGGACCGGAAGCUGUCCAAGUCGGAGCGACAACGCUUCAAGGAGGAGGCCGGGAUGCUGAAGGGCCUCCAGCAUCCCAACAUCGUUCGCUUCUACGACUCGUGGGAGGGGCCGUGCAAGGGGAAAAAGUGCAUCGUGCUGGUUACCGAGCUCAUGACUUCGGGCACGCUCAAGACUUACCUAAAGCGUUUCAAGGUGAUGAAGAUCAAGGUGCUGCGUUCGUGGUGCCGGCAGAUCCUCAAGGGCCUGCACUUCCUGCACACCAGAGCUCCGCCCAUCAUUCACCGCGACCUCAAGUGCGACAACAUCUUCAUCACCGGGCCCACCGGCUCGGUCAAGAUCGGCGACCUGGGCUUAGCCACGCUGAAAAGGGCCUCGUUCGCCAAAAGCGUCAUAGGUACUCCCGAGUUUAUGGCGCCGGAGAUGUACGAGGAGAAGUACGAUGAAUCCGUCGACGUCUACGCUUUUGGGAUGUGCAUGCUGGAGAUGGCCACCUCCGAGUACCCCUAUUCGGAAUGCCAGAAUGCCGCCCAGAUCUACAGACGAGUUACCAGCGGAGUGAAGCCUGGCAGUUUUGAUAAGGUGGCCAUUCCCGAAGUGAAGGAAAUCAUCGAGGGUUGCAUCAGAACAAACAAAGAUGAGAGAUAUGCUAUCAAGAUCCUGUUGAACCACGCGUUCUUCCAAGAGGACACGGGGGUCAGGGUUGAGCUGGCAGAGGAGGAUGACGGUGUAAUGAUCGCCAUCAAACUGUGGCUUCGGAUAGAAGACGUCAAGAAGCUCAAAGGAAAAUACAAAGACAACGAAGCCAUCGAGUUCUCGUUUGACCUCAACAAGGAUGUUCCCGAAGACGUGGCCCAGGAAAUGGUUGAGUCUGGCUAUGUGGCCGAGGGCGACCACAAGACCAUGGCCAAAGCCAUCAAGGACCGCGUGUCACUGAUCCGCAGGAAGCGAGAGCAGAGGCAGCUCGUGCGAGAAGAACAGGCCAAGCGGAAACUUGAGGCGGAGCAACAGCAAGAGGCACUGAAAGCAUCGCAUACGCAGGCGGAGCUUGAGGAGACAGAGGCGGAGCAAGCGCACCCUUAUCAGCAGCCGGGCAUCUCGCAUACAAACGAAGGUGGCGCCGACAGCGGUCAGGGUUCUUCGCUUUUCUCCAGCGACUGCCCCCAACUGGGUCAGCUGACCAUGUCCUAUAGCUGCCCGCCAGCCAGCCAGCCUCAGUCCCAGAGUCAAUACCCCUCCGCGCCCGGCGGUGGCGCCAACACGCAGCAGCAGCAGCACCCGGCCUACGCCCAGCCGCCGCAGCCAGUGCCGGCGUCCCGCCGCCGUCGAAGCCGUAGCAUGUCCGUUUGCGUCCCCCCCUCUUCGUACUCCCUCACCCCCACACCUCUGGUGGCGCGCCCCAAGCGGCCCUCCACACCUCCUCCGGCGCUGUCGUCCUCGCUCGCCGCCGCCUCCCCUCGCUCGGCCGAGAGGGACACGUUCGCCGGGCGCCUCUCCAAGGCCCUGGAGACGGUGCUUCCUCUUCACUCCGCCCCCUCACUGCCCAGGGCAAGGCAACGACGGGCCAGCCUGCCUGCCCUCUUCUCCAGCCCUCAGCAUUCAAUGGCGCACCCCUACAGUGGAGGAGCGAGCGCAGGAGGAGGAGGAACAGGGGGGAGCGCCACUCUCCCAACACUGUCAGACCCCCCGACUAUUUUCUUCUCUUCCAUCCCCGAGCGCCCCAUUUCCUUCUCGCCUCCUCCCACUGGCCCCCCCAAGGCCUAUAACACGCAGCGGCGCAAGAGCACCUCUAUACUUGAGGCUCACACCCGCCACUUUCAACCGGCGUACCCCCGAUACGGGAGCAGCCUGCACCCCUUCGCCGGCGUGGAGGGCGUGGACACGCCCUCUUUCUUCAUGCACAAUCCCGGAUUCGCCACGGCCGCUCAGAGACUCGGAGUCGGGGAGCAUCCGCAUCCGGCGGGACAGUCAGAGCCGGCGUUCUACGGCUACAAGGACAUGAGGGCGGAACAGGAGGAAGUGGUGAGGAGACUGAGUUUAAACCAAGCGGCCUUACUGGACCAUUACGAAGCCAUGGCGUACGGCGGCUACCCGAUGACCGCGCACCAGCUCGGGCUUUUGAAUUUCCAUCAGCAGAGGCGCGGAUACGAGUCGGGUCCUCAGGCGGGCUUCUUUCACUCUCACAUCAUGCAAAGACUGAACGCGCACAGUCCCAUCCCCCCGCCGGUACCUUCCAUGAGUCAAGCCGCCGGCUGCCCUCUUUCUUGUCCAUCCUCCGACGCGCAGCACCACGCGUCACCUUCCACUUACGCGAUGUCAACGCCGCCGGUCAUGGCCGAUGCGCCGCCGCCGCCGUCGCCGGGGAGUGUCUUCGACUAUCAUUUAGCCGCCGCCGCCGCCGCCGCCGCCAGUGACCCGAGCCUCCUGGCCUCCAGACUCUACCGAGCCCGGAGGAGCUCCAUGGAUCUCCCGCUGGAGGAAAACACCCCAACGGGGUCGAGCGGCUCGGGCUCGUACCUUCGACUCCAGCCGGUCACGGAGGAGAUGUGUUCAUACGUUAGUCCUGAGCUGCCUUUACCACCGGGAAGUCUCCUCCUCCAUCACGCAGGCUUUAGCGCGAAAGACCGAAGCCCGGAACCCUCCAGCGACUCUCUCCCAUCCUCCGAUGCCGGAGAGUUCCAGUCGCCUCCUCCCUCAUCUCGCCAUUUCGACCCCUCGGCCGCUCGGUCCAUCCCGCAGUCGUCCUCGGCUGCCUUCUGCGAUUUGACCGAAAGCCAGGCGCAUCCGCCCUCCAUGCAGAGUUUUCUCCCGCCCAGCCCUGCCACUGAGCCAGGUGUAUCGGCGCCCCAACAGGAGUCACUCAUUCCGAGUGCGUGGGCCCGCCACGGAGGGGUGGUUCCCUCCCAGGCCGACAUGACGUACCAUGAGUCAUUGCUGGCCAUGCAGGCCAAUAACGCCGCACUGGUCUCAACGGCCCAGCCCGCCCCCGGUUCCCCACUGUUAGGCCCAGUGGCCCCACAACCGGCCCCUCAAGGGACCCCCCAGCAGGGGGGUGCAUCCAUCCAGUCGGUGGCGUCAUCAUCUCAGAGCCCCACCCACAUUUCCUCGCUGCAGGCCUCAACACAGCCCGGCCCGAGCGCCCCCACCUGUCCCGCAACCACGGCGAGCCGUGCUCCUUCUCCUUCGCCGUCCCCUCCCGUCACCGUGCCGACAGCGGCCGUGGCCUCCCCUCCCUGCCCUCUGCUGCUUCCUGUUCCCCCUCUCCCCGCGCACGUGUCCCCGCCGUUGGCCACCAUGGUGCCAAUCAUCAGUGUAGUCCCCGCCCCGCCCGAAACUGCUCCAGAAGCCCCUCCCCAGUCUGUGUCUCAACCAUCGGACCUGUCCCACUUCCAGCUACAGGCACCGCUAGUCCAAGCCUCCGUAGAAAGUGGCUACUCCGAGGCUUCGGGCCUCAGCGAUGGCAAUGAAGGAGGAGGGGGAGGCCGUCACGAGGGCCGCUCCGCCAAGCGGCACCAGAGACGUUCCGUGCGGAGUCGGUCGCGGCACGAGAAGUUCUCCAAAGCCAAACUCAACGUCCUCAAUAUAUCCAACCGCGGAGAUCGAGUCGCCGAGUGCCAGCUGGAGACUCACAACAGGAAGAUGGUCACCUUCAGGUUCGACCUGGAUGGAGACAACCCGGAGGAGAUAGCGCAGAUCAUGGUCCAGAGCGAGUUCAUCCUGGAGAGCGAGAGGGAUUCAUUCAUCGAGCAGGUCCGGGAGGUGAUCGAGAACGCCGACGAAAAAGGCCUGGAGAGGGACUCGAGCGGCCAGAUGACCGGUAACAUGACAGAGCAGAAUCUGACGAUAUCAGUCCCCAUGCCAGACACCGCCCCGAGCGCGACGGGACAAGUGGUCCAUUCAGCGGGCCGCAAAUUCAUAGUCAGCCCCGUUCCCGAGGACAGGCUCAAGGAACUGAGCUUUCCUGCCUCGCCCGUACCUUCCCCUGCAUCUUCUGUCGAAACCGUUCCGACUCAAGGUUUGGGGUUGUCAAAAUCGGCGGGAGCUGUCAGCUUACAGCUAGCCUUCUCGGAGCUGCGACAGAACAAAAACCAGUUGGAUCCGGGACCAAGCACCGCCCCAGCCUGCAUGCGCUCCACCCAUCCCCCGUCGUUCUCCGCCCCAUCACAAGCGUCCGCUCCUGUGGUCGAAACUUCAGCCGGCGGUGCCACUCCUUCCAGGUCAAACCAGGAUGCGUCCGAUGCGUCUCCCGCUUGUUCCGCCUCCGCUUCUUCCGCCGUGGUGAAUCACUCGCAGGCCCACGCGUCCAUUUCCACUUCCGUCCCGUCCGUCUUACCCCUCACCAGUGUCUCCAACGUCCUUCCGACGAUGGUCGCGUCGCCUCCCGCCUCCCUGGCGACCUCACCCUCCUCCACUCUCCCGGCCAGCGAAGCGCCACUCGACCAUUGCUCGCUCUCUCCCACGCCAUCGACUUCAUCCACCUCUUCCUCCGUCGUCCCCACAACCGCCGGCCCCGCUCCCCCAUCCUCGUCCUCCAAUGUUUCUUCAGUCCACCCCACCCUGGUACACUCACAGCCGCAGAUCGCCGCACUGCCCGGGCAGACACACGCUCACUGCGGGGAAUGUGACUCGAGGUGCGAUGCCUCCAUGGAGUGCCAAAGCAAGCCAGAUGACAUCCAAGCUCUGGAGAAGAAGCUGCGCUCGCUCUUCAUGGACCUCGGGGGAGGGGUGGUCUCCCCCCAGGGGGACCCGCUGCCGGCCGACGCUACCUCCGGAGCGUCAGCGGGGGGUACCUCCUCCCCGUUGGGCACCUCCACUGGCCAGACGGCCAGUCCUCCGCAGCCACCCACUACCCUGGCGCUGGGGUCACCCACCCCCGUGCAGGGCCCCAGCACACCGAACUCCACUCCUGCACCUGCUGUGAACUCUGUUACCACCUUUGGCCAGACCACUCCAUCCAAAACCCCUUUGUCCAGGGUACCGGCCAGUUCUCCUUCUUCAGAACUCCCGCCGUCCUUCCCUGGACCGUGUCUCACUCAGUCCCAGCAGCCUCUGGAGGACCUGGAUGCUCAGCUGAGACGGGCCCUUAGCCCCGAGAACGUCCCGGUUAGCACAUCCGCACAGGCUUCCCAGAGUGCCGUUCAUCCGGUGGGACAACCAACUUCCUUAUCCCCGAAGGAAGACACCCCCUCACCUGCCGCCGCUCCUCAAAGUGGAAUCAAACUCGGGAGAUUUCAGGUCUCGCUGGCCACCGAAGAGCCUCCAAAGCAGCGUCCGGCCUGCACGGAAUCCUCCUCCGCGACGACGACUUCGUCGUCCUCCAGCGCUUCCUCGUCGUCGUCCUCGUGCGGUCUCUCCAGCCCGGAGAACACGCUGCAUCAGGGCUCCUCGUUGCGAGUGGAAGGCGCACAGGCAGAUGUGGUGGAUGGACUGCCCGGGAAAAUGCUGAGUGGGUCCCGACGCCCUUCCCCUCCCGCAUCCCCGUGCCUCUCGCCCAAACCCACCACCACCAUCGGACGCUUCCAGGUCACCACGAAUGCUGAGGCCACAGUUGGCAGGUUCUCCGUCAGUCGGGCCCGAGAGCAGAGCGCCGAGCCCGGGCCGAGUCCGCCGCCCGCCGCCCGGGCGGCGAACGGACCCGCCGACCCCGGCCGUCUCCCGGGUCCAGACGCUGCCCGCAAAGUGACCCUGCCCAGUCUGAACAGCAGCAACUCCUUCAACAACUCCUACGUGAGCAGCGACAACGACUCGGAGUUCGAGGACGAGGACUUCAAGCGGGAAAUCAACCGCCUGCGUGAAAAACACUUGAGUGAGAUUCAGGCCCUCCACUCGCGCCAGAAGGAGGAAAUUGACGGUCUGUUCACCAGGCUGGGAAAGGUUCCUCCAGCCGCAGUCCUCCCACCCGUCGUCGCCUUGGCUGGCAGGCGGCGGCGACCCCCCAAGAGCAAAUCCACCAAAUCGUCCAGAACCAGCUCGUCACACGGUAGCAGGAGUCCACUUCAGCCAGGCAGCGCCCCGUCGGCCCAGAGCGUGCCGGCGCUGUGCACCGGCCAGCCGGCUCAGUUAGCGGCGGGAGGAUUAGCCGAUCCCGGCGGCGGCGAAUGCGGCAGUGAGCGUCCCCUCAAAGCGGCUCCCUCCGGCGACAUCCUGUGCUCGGCCUAUCCCAGCUCGGCGACGCUCUCGGCGCCCAGCUUGUGCGCUCCCACCCCAGGCUGCGUAAAGCUCACCUGGGGUUCCGAGCGUUUGGCCUUGAAGCCCGGCGGCAGGAGGACGCGCUUUCUGAGGAAGAUGGUGAAAAAAGUCUGCCCCUGCAACCAGCUUUGUAGGACCAACAGCACCAAUGCAGUGAGUGGCUCCGCCCCCCUGUCUCAGAGCCAGGGGGGCUCCCAGUGUCUCAGCGUAUCGGCCCCUCACCAGCGCAAAGGGACGUUCACCGAUGAUCUCCAUAAACUGGUGGACAACUGGGCCAGAGACCUCUCACAGGGUAAGAAGAGCACCAAACACCUGCAGCAGGCCCCAGCACAAGGACACAGCUAUGAGGUGACGCAGUCCGCCAACCUGGGCAGGAAGUUCUCCAUCAGCCCGGGGCCCCUGCACGCGUUCAUGCACAAGUCGGUCAGCAACCCGGGAGGACCCAACAUGAGGACCACGUAG